AUGGCCUCGGGUCUGCAUCCUUUUGCGAUGCUCCAGCCACGAAGCCCUGCUGCAGAUGGCAGAGUUUGUGUUGUCACGCCGAUCCGGCAGCAGGCCGAAACCACUGGCUUCGGUGCUGAUGUUGUGGAUGACGUUCCUCAGAUCCUACAGGCGUUUGCUGAUUGCGAUGGCGGCGGCACGGUCGUUUUUCCCAAGGGCGCGAGGUACACCAUAGCCUCUCGCCUCAACCCAGUUGUCAAGGAUGUAACCGUGCACUGGCAUGGUGUAUGGGAGUUCUCCACCAACCUCACGUACUGGCGUGCCAAUGGGUAUCCCAUUGCCUUCCAAAACCAUCAAGCUGGCUUCGUACUCUCUGGCGAAAGAAUAUCAAUAAACGGACACGGGACUGGCGGCAUCGAUGGCGGAGGAGACAGCUGGUAUGCAGCCGAACAGGGCGUCACGCAGGCUGGCCGUCCUAUGCCAUUUGUCCUUUGGAACGUCAGCGACGUGGUUGUCCGGCGCUUCUCUGUGGUCCAGUCGCCUCUGUGGAGCAUCAAUGUGAUGAAUGGCAGCAAUCUAUGGUUCGAUGACAUUUACGUGAACAACACCGCGACUACAGCUCCACCAGGCAAGAACUGGGUUCAGAACACAGACGGUUUCGAUACCAUGGACGCACACAACUUGACAAUACACGGAGGCAAUGGCGUGGCCAUUGGAAGCCUUGGCCAAUAUCCGGAGGAAGACUCAUCUGUUGCCAAUGUGGUCGUCAGAGAUGUCCGCCUCAUUGCUCGAAACAGCGACAUGCACAACUCAGCCUACAUCAAGACCUGGGUGGGCGAGACCGUCUUUCAGCCGCGUGGAAGUUAUGAAAGCGCUGGAAAGCCGAACGGCGGUGGCCGAGGAAGCGUGACCAACGUGGUCUUUGCUAAUUUCCACCUCGACGGCGCAGGCAGUGGCCCUGCUAUCGAUCAAGACAGCGGAAACAAUGGUAGGGACAUGGACAGACGGAAAAGAGCGAGGCUAUGUUCACUCCUGCAUCACGGACUUCUCUCCAUAUUGACAUAUCCGGGACUCAUCUAA